GGGGCCGGGUGGGCCGAGGAGAUCAGGCGUGAGGGGAAGCAGGGAAGCAGGGGCUGGCGCUCAGCAGAAGGCAGGAUGCCAGCCGCAGGCUGAGCGGCCAAUCAGGACUCGGCAGCUGUGGGCCAGGGUCCAUCCCAGACAGAAGGCGGCCCCACCUGGCGCCCAGGCUCCCAUCAGGCCUGCCAGGGGGCAGCCCUUGCCACUGUGAGGGAUGGAGCUGGGGACCCUUCCCAGGAGCUGUUGGCCUCACAGUUCUGGGACAGCCAGGGACCCCAGCCCAGGAGCCCCAGGCACCGAGCCCCACGCCCCUAGGAGAUCCCACCCUGGAGUUCCCAUCACCCCAGGGAGGCUCAGCCCCGGACUCACCAACCCACAAGGCCCUGCCCAGGCAGAACUGGAGGGCCGACCUUGACCGCUGGGCAGCUGGGAGCAGAAGUGAGGUGCAGAUCCGCCAGUGGGACGCGGGGAGGGGCUGUCCUGCUCCCACACCUUGGGAUUUCCAGGCACUUGACCUCCACCAGGCUCCAUCCUCAGCCUUCCCGUCCACAAGACAGGUCUGGAACAGGCCCAGACCUUGCCGCCCCGUGCGUCCCAACCUCGGCCCCUAGCCUCAGCCUCUCAGCCGCCUCCAGGGUCGUGGGGUCAGGCCAGGAAAGCCCCUCGGGAAAGGGGCGGAGAAGCAGGUCCGCAGGCGGAGGGAAGUAGCGGGGGAGGUCGCUAUUUAACCCAUUUCCCGCGGGCAGCAGAACAGGGGACAAGCAUGGAGCAGGGCCUCGCCCUCCUGCUGGCCCUCUCCCUAGGGCUGCUCCAGCCAGGACGCAGUCAGCCCCUACGCGUGGAGCCCCCGGAGCCCGUGGUGGCCCUAGCCAUAGGCGCGUCUCGGCAGUUCACCUGCAGCCUGGCCUGCGCGCGCGGGACGGCCGCGGUGCGGUGGAGAGGCCUGGACACCAACCUGGGCGCCGUGCGGUCCGAGGCAGGGGGCAGCGUGCUCUCCGUGCGCAACGCCUCGCUGUCGGCCGCGGGCACGCGCGUGUGCGUCGGCUCCUGCGGGGACCGUACCUUCCAGCACACCGUGCGACUCCUGGUGUACGCCUUCCCGGACCAGCUGACCGUGUCCCCAGCGACCCUGGUACCUGGACGGGACCAGGAGGUGGCUUGCACUGCCCACGGCAUCUCCCCAGCUGGCCCUGACGCCCUGUUCUUCUCCCUGCUCCUGGGAAACAGAGAGUUGGAGGGUGUCCAGGCCCUAGGCAGAGAGGAGGAGGAGGAGGACCCAGAGGAGACGGAGGACCUGCUGUUCCGGGUGACAAAGCGCUGGCUGUUACCUCCACUGGGGACUCCUACCCCAACCACCCUCCACUGCCAGGCCACCAUGCGGCUCCCUGGCUUGGAGCUGAGCCACCGCCGGGCCCUUCCAGUCUUGCACAGCCAGAUCUCAUUGGAGCCCACAGACCCGACCUCCUCAGAUACCCCCAACACCACCUCCCCACAGGCCACCCCCCAACAGGGCUCCACAGGCACCCCCAGGAUUAACAGCUCCACUGAGACCUGCCGCCCUGAAAUCCACCAGUCUCUGGAGCCUGCACUGGACGGAGAGGUCAGCUGGGAGCUGCUGUGUGAGACAGCCUGUGGCCCUGGCAUGGCCGUGCGCUGGACCCUGGCUCCUGGGGGCUUGGCAGCCUACCAGAGGAGGGAGGCAGGGGCCCGGGCGUGGCUGAGCAGGCCUCCAGGGGGCUCCAGCACUGAAGGCCUGUUCCAGUGUCGCCUGGACCCAGGUGGCCAAGUGGCCAGCUUCUAUGUGCCCGGUCAGAAAGUGACCCCCAAAAGCUCGCCCGGCCCCCGCCCGGAGGAGCGCCCGCCGCCCGCCGCCCUGUGGACCGGCAGCCUGGUGCUGGGGCUGCUCCUCAUGCCGCCCCUCGCCUACCGCCUGUGGAGACGCUGCCGACCCCCGCCUGCGACCCCCGCACGCCCGCCCGCCUCCCUGUGGCUCCUGCCCGUGCGCGACUAAGCGGGCAGCGCCGCCUCUCCCCGCACCCAGCUGCAGGGCUCUGGGAAGGAGAAGCCGACCUGGCCCCCCACUGGUGGUCAGUUCGCAGGCAGCCCCCUCCCCAGCCGCCUGGGCUUCCCGC